GUUUGUUGGCAAAGUUACCACUAGUUGCAGUAACAUCGGAAGCCAUAUUGAUUUUCAUUUGAAAUAUGAAGAGAGAGGUGUGGUUAUUUACUAAACUGAGAUGAUUUUGUGACCUUAUUUGUUUAGAAUUAUAACAUUUAGUUGAUUAGAACAUGAACAUAAUAUGUAUAAUUGUUCUAAAUCGAAUUUAGAAAUGAAUAUUGGAGGCGUAUAGUUGUCAUCGUGGUGGGGGGUCGGGUGGUUUGUUGCUGUUGCUGUAGGAUGACCAGUUGGGCCGAGAGGAUGCACCGUAGAGCUGCCACUUUCAGCAACGUGGUCACAUCGUGCGGCCAUCCCUCAGUUCCAUAUCCUCGGCGGUUGGAAAAAGUGAAAUUUGGUGUUCCCUUGGAUGAGGUCUGCAAGAGUGACAUUCCCGGUCCGCUGUUGGUUUUGAUUCUGAAGCUCAACAAAGAAGCACCAUUCAAAAAGGAUGUGUUCCGAGCACCUGGUCAUCAGGGCAACAUGAAGAAGCUAGUCCAUUUCCUGCAGGCAGGCCGUCUUGUUAACAUGGAUAAUUUCUCUGUCUACACUAUCGCGUCUGUGCUCAAGAAAUUCCUGCGUAAGCUUCCUGGUGGAAUCUUUGGCCGAGACGGGGAACAGAGGUUAUUUGCAGUUAUUGACUUGCCGUGUACUGAGGAGCAGCGUGACCAGAUACAUAGGUUAAUUACAUCAUUACCGACUUACACUCAGCGAUUGUUGGUGCUCCUUUUUGGGACAUUCCGAGUGAUUGCAAUGAAUGCUGAAAGGGGUCGAACAGGAAUGACGUCAGAAGCGUUAGGUGUUUCAGUUGCACCAAGUUUCUUCCAGAGUUGUGUUAGUGAUGGAAAAACUGCAAAAAUGGAAGAUGUAAUGAGAUUCAAGGUUGCCACACGCAUCAUGAAAUUCCUGAUUGACAACUUUGGAGUGAGCAACUUGUUUGGACGGGAGAAUUAUGAGUUCUAUGCUCGGAUCACUGGACGCAUUCUCAAGGUGGAAGAAGACUGGAUCUUUAGUUUCCGGUAUCCUCCAGACACUCUUGUCUCCCGCCAGCUGUCGCUUGAGGCAGAGAAGACUUGGUUGCAGUAUGAGUGUGAACGAUGGGGACUCAACUUCAACCUGGAAGCAAUGUCACACCAAGAGGAGAGCCAGUCAACUCCAGCAUUGAUUUGUGUCCCAGAUGCUCCUAGUACAUCACUUGGCAUCAUCCCAGAGAACAACUUGCUAGAGAGCUAUACACGCCUCUCUAUCAGUCUGGAAGAGAAUGGCUUAUUCAAGGGGUCUAGUCGAUCGUCAUCCAGCAGUGCCACAACUACCCACCACAUGACACUGGAAGAACUUAGAGAUGUGAAUCGCUAUGCUGAAAGUACUAAAAGUUUGUCCUACCUGCCCCAGGUUCACGAGCGUCAGACAGCGAGGAUGAGGACAAGAUCAGAGUGGUUUCUUACACCAGUCGAUGGAAGCAAGGGGGGGAAGCUGCUAGCAUGCACCACAGUGGACAGUGAUCCAACGUCCAUCCAUGUACUGAGAGGUUCCAACACCAGAUCCUCAUCAGGAAACAUUGUUGAUGCAGGUCUGAGUGCAAGUGCAGAAUCAGUGAAACGUCCAAGCAUCCAUCGUUCUUCUAGCAAGAGUGACAGGUCACGCCAUCUUCCUCACCGUAGUUCAAGCAGACGCAAGAAUAAAGAGAAUGGUGCUAAGCAGGCUCAGCCAAUAGUGACUCAGCCAUCGGAUAUAAUAACUCAACCCCAGCGUAAUGGUAGUGAUGAAAAGAAAUCUUCCCAAUUGGAUGAAGGAAAAGGAGGCAAGAAAGCUGUUGUAAGUGGAAGGGAUGAUGGGAGAGGAGUCGUAACUGGGGUGACUCCACAGGAUUGUACUGAGAUGGAUGUGCAAACCUUUCAUGUCACGCUGACAUAUAAACCUAGAAUAUGAAGGUGUCUGAUAUCACUGUUACCCCAUGCAGGCCUUGAAAGCAUGUAGUUUUAGAGCACAGUCUUUUAGAGGUGGUCUGUGUGAACAGUCGCUUGGGAAUAUUAGUGAUGCUGUUGUAUGAUAACCGUUGCCAUGAAGAUGCGAAUGGAACACAGCCCAUGUUUCAAUCCUUUUAACACUUUAUGAUACUUGCUGAGACCCAAACAAAUUUUGUGCUGCAGUGUACUCCUUUGCAUUCCUUCUUCAUAUACCAGGUAGUAUACUCUGAUCAAGUUUUUGCUAACUGACCAGUUGUCCUGACUGAUUUUGCCCAGCCCCUCCAUACAGUGCUGUGCCUUCCACGUACUUUAUAAUUCAUCUUGCAAAAUCUUAUUAUUUCCUUUUUUUGUGCUAUAAACAAAUGCAGUUAACAAAGCAUCAAAUAUCUCAGAAGUUGAACUUACGUUAGACCGCAGCCAUGUUUAGCGUCUCUCACCCUAUCAUCACUGCUGUCAUCUUAUUUAUGAUUCAGAUGUAAUGGAACUUGCCCACAUAAAAUAGAUUUGAGUAUUAAUGAGAGCUUGCAGAAUCAUGUUAUGGGUGUAAAAUCUUUAAGUUGUUAACUUGCAAUUACUGUUUCACUUACAAGCAUUGAAAGUAUAAAUCUGAAACUUGUUUUACUGUUGCACAGAUUUCUACACGUUCAAUACAAACCUUGUGAUGGAUUCAGUGUGUUCCUGCUUGAAGGUGGUGGUACUGCAUCUUGAUCAAUACCAAACCACCUCUAAAUGACUAGCCUCAGUUACAGCUCUUUCUUUUUUGAUAGCCAGUGAAGCAUGUGCGAAUAAUUUUGAAGAAAUUAAUUGAUAUUACUUUUGCACUUUAUCGGUUUUUUGUAUACACAUCACUUUAUAAACCUUCUUUUAAAAAGACUGUUUAAAGUAAUAUGUUUGCUAGAUCUGUGCUAUGUGGUUGUUCCCAGUUGAUGCUGUUCUUCAAAGACGUAGCAAGCCUUAGAACACUGUAUUUUUCUGUGUUAUAUUUAAGUUACAUUCAACAACAGAUGAGUCCUUUUUAAUUCAAAAUAACUCACGACGGCUUGCGAGUAAUUCAUCGUGUGUGUAUUUUGUUUAAUAAAACACUGCACUGUUUAUUUGUAAUAUUGUAUGGAAGAAUAGUAGAUCAGCAGCAAAAAAUAUGACAAAAAAUGGGAGAACACAAAACAUGUUCAGACAUACAUAUUCUUUAAUUUUAUUCUCAUUUGACAGCAGAGUUCUGGGAUCAAAUUUCCUCUUUCAUGUGCAUUAAUUGUGCGUGUUUGAGUGUGCAGGGAAGAAUAUAUGGUUAAAACAUUAAUUUAACUUGAGUAUAUCUAAACACAACAAUUUAAUAUACAUAUUUUAUGGCUCUGAAACUUAGGUCUGUGUUGCCAACCAAAAAUGCCAUUUAAUGAAGACUGGAGUCGGUGUAUCAUUCAUGUUCUCAGAGAAUGGAAUGUCACUAAAUAGAGGGCUGUCAUGAAUAGGAAAACUUAGGGAAGUGCUGAGUCGGGUUAGAAGUGUUCAGAAUAAAACAUCCACAUCAUUACUUAAUUGUACAAAUAAUGACACAUUUUAAUUUCACAUAAAAGGAGACCUGAUGCCAAUUAAAUUGACUCAGUGUUGCCUUAUUCACAUUGUGAUGUUAUUUCUCCACCAAUCAGAAACUGUUUUGUGUGUGCCUUAUGCUCUGUAUUAGUGUAAGAGGUUUUCAUUGUUUUGGACUUGUACCCUGUAGGUGGAGGCAGACAUUCCUCUGAAAUGUCACUAACCUUUUCCACUAUUACAUUGUGUCUGAACCCAGAAGAAGAAACAUGAAAUUUUUCAAGAUCAUUGAAAACCUAAAAUUUUACAAAAUGUAUUACAUGUCAUUCAUUCUGGUGAACUGAUAUUUAUUUGUAAUCAUGUAUCUUAACGUAUUUCCAUAUUCUCAUUUAUACAUUUUCGGUACUGUUAGCUUCUGAUGCAUUUCAUUAUGUUAUAGCCCUGUCCAAGAGAUUCCCCAUAUUUUGACCUUGAGGUUCAUCAGCUAGUUCACAGAAUCUCAGUGGAGCCCAGUCAUAGCUAGUCCAGUGCUGUUUAUAUUUUCCCAACCUAUUUUUCAAAGAUCUGUUUUAAUAUUAAUAUCACUUCAGGCUUUUGAACCAAACAUUUUAACAUAUUUUGUAUUCAUCUCAUGCUCCAUCUCCUGUCCAUUCAUAUUGUUUUAUAAUCACCGUAACAACUAGUUAUAUAUUCAGUUUUGUACUUGUAAAAACUUAACCAAAAUGCAUCACAUUUGGGUUCCCCGGAUUCCAAUGUGUGUUAGCCUAAAAUAACAGCUCUCAGACUUGGACAUGUUUAAAUGAAAAUAUGGAAGUAGAUGCAUUUUUAUUAUAAAUAAUCAAAGUUUGUUCACAUCACAAGAUGGUUUCAUUUCUCUGGUGUUUACUGCAUUUUGUUUCUAAACUUAUGCAAAGCACAAAAGAU